AUAACUUCCUUUCUGGGACUAAUGUAAGUCUAGGUUCCUUCUUUCAAACAAACAUAUCGUAUCUCUUGAAGCCCUGACCCCACGGCGGCAGGUUCAGAGAUAUAAAAGACACGUUGGUAAUGACGACUGUGCAGUGUCUGCAACACAGCUACGAUUAUACUUAACAUAAUCUACCUACUCAAAAACUACAUAAGCUUCCACAAUGCCCAAUAUUCUUAUAUCAAUCCUCACGUAUUGUUCUUGAAUUCUGUCAUAACUUGAGAACAAAUUGUGCCUUAACACAAUCCAACACCUCCUUAUAAGUCGUUAGUACGCAAUUAUGAUCACCGCGUAUCAACUCCAUGUAAUGUUAUAUCCCAGGUCAGUUUGAUUGUGAAGCUGUAGUACAAUAGAUCUAUAAUCGGUAAUCCUUCUAAAGCGGACAUGGUUGAAGGACGUCAAACCAAUGGCUUUAUGCGACGUGAUUCCAGCUCGCAAGACCUGUGACUAUCGAUUGUUUUAGGAGGGGGAUCUCUGGAAGACCAAACAUUGUUCGCCGGCUAGUGCAUAUGUUCCGAGACGCAUUUCGAUCCGACCACCCGAAUUGACAAGGAUAUAUGUGUAGCAUCUUCCCCUUCGUCAUCCCACUGACUCGUAUUGGCGUUCAUGCUGAUGUCACAGCCGUUGUUUUUGUUGAACAUGCGUUGUCAUGAAAAGGAAUGACGUCAGGAAAAGUGAACUCUUGGAGUUUGUGAUCUAUUGUCGAUAACACAUGACAUACGUAUAGUUGGCAGCGAUUGCCGCGCGUCUGACAAAGACACAGAGACGUUUAUGUAAGAUUGUGCUACGAGGGAUGUGGCAGCCACGUGUAGAGGCUGUGUUGUAGACAUGUGACGAGGAACCGUCGUUAAGGGGCGACUGUGAUGCCAGAGUUCAUCUGGGGGUGUUCCGGCCGAUCUGACUUAUUCAGUAUGGGUUGCGGAGCCAGCGUGGGUAACGAGGAGGACCCACUGAAAGUGGUUGUGUUUGGAGCUCUUGGAAUGGUGGGUGGAGCGGUGGCGUCGGCUCUGGUCAAAAGUCCAAGGGUGAAGGUCAUCGCUAUCACUCGCACCCCAACGAGUGGUCGUGCUAACGAACUAGCUGAGAAAGGCGCAGUGAUAAGUACAGCUGAUCUGAAUGAUCCACGGAGCUUGGAGCGCGUUUUCGAGGGAGCGCAUGCUGUCUUCCUGACAACACAUUACUGGGAGCACUUCAGCAAAGAGAAGGAAAUCACACAGGGCACCAACGCUAUAGACGCUGCUGUCAGCUGCAACAUCCGCCAUCUUGUUUUGUACGGUUCCGAGGCGCCUGACCCCGAGAAAGUACCCGAAUGUGGCCCCUUUGAAGCAAAGGCUGAGUUGGAAGAGUAUUUGAUGUCCCAAGAUAUACCAUACACGUUGUUGAGGAUGCCAUUCUUCUAUGAGAACCUGUUGACAAUAUUUAAGCCGCACAGAUUAAAAGAGGGCAAAUAUGCAAUAGCCUUGCCACUAGAGGGCGACUCAAUUGACUGCAUGAGCGUGAGUGAUAUGGGGCGAUGUGUCUUGAACAUAUUCCUGAAGCCGAAACCAUAUCUUGGUCAAACGGUCAACCUGGCUAUAGACAGGAUCACGGCCAAGCAGAUGGCGGACAUGCUGACCAAGCACAUGCAUCAUAUCGUCUUCGUUUCUCCACUGAUUGGCAUUGAAGACUAUGCGAAUUUCAAAUUCAGUGGAGCCAAGGAUCUCGCAGCUAUGUUCCAGCACUAUAGAACCGUGGAGGCUGUUGGAGACAUUCGUGCGACGAAGAAACUGUGCGGUACGUCUGUAACAUUCGACAGGUGGGUGAUUGAAAACACAGAUAAGAUCAUGCUGGCGAUGAAGGAAGACGAGGAGUUGUGAUGUCCAUUGAAGCACGAGCUUCAUCAGGUAGUCUGCAGGAUGGUAUUGCUUCGUGAGGACGUGAAUUUUUUUUCGCGUCUUUGUCGGGAGGAUGUGUUCAAAGGGACGUGAAUGGAGUGCAUGGCUCAUUGGAAGUGUCCAUCACAACGUGCCUCAAGGAAAGUGUAUGGAACAGUUACUUUCAGGAAAGUGUUUAUCUGGCACUUUGAAGCUUCUGGAACAUGUUCAAUGGUGAUGUUUAUCGGAAGUGUCCAUUACAACGUGUACCAAGAAAUGUGUAUCAAACAGUUGCUUCAAGGAAUGUGUAUCAAACAGUUGCUUCAAGGAAUGUGUAUCAAACAGUUGCUUCAAGGAAUGAGUAUCAAACAGUUGCUUCAAGGAAUGUGUAUCAAACAGUUGCUUCAAGGAAUGUGUAUCAAACAGUUGCUUCAAGGAAUGUGUAUCAAACUGUUGCUUCAAGGAAUGAGUAUCAAACAGUUGCUUCAAGGAAUGUGUAUCAAACAGUUGCUUCAAGGAAUGUGUUUAUCUCGUAGUUUGAAGCUUCUGGAACAUGUUUGAUGGUGAUGUUUAUCGAAAGCUUGCUUCACUGUGGAGCUGCUGGAAUGUGAUUCAAGAACGUUUUGGGAGCACUUACGUAACCUUGACGGAACAGGUGUUUUAAAAGUUGCUUCGAACGCGUGCUUCCACGUGACAGGAACACAUGACUCAAGUGAAAUGUUCGGAACUUUUGGGAAGAAGAGUUGAUCACACUCUUCACUGGAAAUUGUUUGAACGUUGUUCUGGCAUGCUUCGAGUGAUGAAAUUACCUAGAUAAUAGUUUUACAGAAGACAGCUCGAUUCUCGAACAAGUGACCUAAUCACGUGACCUACGUAAGGGGCAAGGACAACCCACGUUGUGUUUAGGCCUUCUGCAAGUUGGCUGUAAUCGCACAAGCUAUUUACAGGGUAACAGUCGUUAAUGUGAUUGAGUUGACAUCAAAGGUGCAACGCAAUGGACAUGUGACUGCCCACUUUGAAACCCUACCAUUUGCAAAAGGGGUAGUUACAAAAGUGAAAACAUCGUUUUUGUGUUGAGUAGGGUCUAUAUUAUAAUAAAUACAUAUAUUUACAAAUAUCCUUUUUGUCUAACCGAAACAAAUAUAUAACGCACAAUACAGUGGACUACAUGGGGAUAUUUUUACUCAAAUAAACAUGCUUUCCACACACA